CAGAACGAUCGCUGAUAACUUUCAACAGGCUGCAGACCGUUACAAACCUGCGCUUCUAAAAUAAUUUAAAACGAUUUAUCUGUUAAAAAAUCCUGAGCCGAGGAGGUAUCAUCGAUAGGCUUUUUUGCAAGCAACCACGGAAACGUAGCUAACAAGUUACUGAACACAUAACGUCGGGAUGUUUAACCCACACCACCACCAACAACAACAGCAACAGUUUCACCAUCAUCUGCGGCAGCUUCAGCAGCUGUUCCAGCACCAGCCACCCCCUCCGCCGCCUCCUCCUCCACCACAACCCCAACCCCCUCCAUCGCACCAUGUUCCACAUCACCACCAAAGAGGACGGGCUAUGGCCGUACCAGCCCCUGCUCCUCCACCUCCCCGUAUGGUCAACCUGGCCACCCAGGCCACCAUCAUCGCCCCCAACCCAAUGUUACAAGGGGCUCUAAUGAUGCAGCAGAUGCAAGGUAGCAUGCGGGGCUUUACAGCGAGUGGGCAGCAGUUCACCCAGUUCUUUGCUGCGGGGGCCCGGUCCUCUCUCCUGGGGCCUGUACCCAUGGGCAUGUCCAUCAAGAACCCCCACAUGGGCUUCCCUGCCCGACACUACCACCCCCACACCCGCUACUACAACAACAACAACAACAACGACUAUUCUUCACGGCACCCGGAUAGAAAGAGGGAGCAGAGAGCCGUGGGGAGCACAGAUAACCAACCUGCAGCCAGCAGGACCCUCCCCAAUGACAAGACUCUCAAAGGUGGAGGAGUGGGAGGCCCAGAUGGAAAGGCACAGCCCUCUGUGCAACCUGAGCCCAAGGAGCCAGCACUGAAGAAGCAGAGGACAGAGGGGUCAGAGGAGACUGUGGAUCAGCCUCCUGAGACAGAUGGGGUCCUAGGUGCAGCAGUGUAUCAAUGCCCACAAGAUGACAGCCAGCUUGAAGACUGUUUCAUUCUGGAGGAGGGCGGGAGCACGGCUGGAUCAGAGGCUGCAGAGGCACUAGAGGAGAGCAGAGCAGCCGAGGUCCAGAGUGGAGUGUCAGCAUUUACCCCAGGCCUGAAGGACUUGGCAGAGGGCAAGGCUGCCCCAGGGGUAUUGGAAGGGGGGCAGGAAGAGGGCAAGGAGGGGGGUGAUGCUGCCAACAAGUUCUAUUGCUACAUCUGCACCAUCACCUGUCACAACCAGCAGGACUUCCAGAGUCACAUGAACAGCCUGGCCCACCAGCAGAGGAUGAUGGAGAUCCAACACAUGUCCAACGCCUGUCUGGUCACCCUGAUGCCCCACGUCCAGGAGUCACUACAGGCAGGCCGCAGGGACAGCUCCUGUUUCAGGGAUGGAGAGAAAAGUCCCGGCCUGCAGCGUUGGUGUGCCACCUGCCAAAUCCACUACACCAGUACAGUCAUGGACCACCGCAGGACCAGUGAGCACAAGCUGACCAUCCGCACCUCCAACCCCUCCUGUACUGUCUGCAAGAGUCACUUCAAGAACCCAUGCCUGUUCCUGGAACACAUGGAGUCCCAGGAGCACAAGCAGAGAGUCGACAAGCUUCGGGAGGAGGGGGGGCCAGCGGCCUUGGCUGAACUGGUUGCCAUGGACGAACAGGGCUGUUUUGUAGAUGACGAGAAAGAGGAAUGGGAAGAUGGUGAACAAAGCAGCUCCCAUGGAAAGGAGGGCUGGCCUACCCAGAUGGAGGUGGCUCUACUAGAGGACGUAGAUGAAGAUGAGGAGUAUGACCCUGACACGGUGUACGGUUCUAGCUUUGUGGUCCCCGUGGCUGGGUUCCUCUGUAGAAUCUGCCAGCACUUCUACCAUUUUGAGUCCUCAGCCCGCCACUCGCACUGCAAGUCACUCAAACACUUUGAGAACCUCAAGAAGUACAGGGCAUUGCGUAGCCAGAAGGAUGGGACAUUGGAACCUACUCCCAUAGAUGGAGAUGCAGAGAGCGAUAGUAACCACACCAUCUCAGGUUCAAACAGCCUGCCUUCAGAGCUCCUCAGCAGCCCUGCGUUACUGCAGCCCACCAUCGCCACCACCACACUGAGGCCCUCUAAGCCCUGCCCUGAACCCCAGGACAACACUCCCUCAGCCUCAUCUUCAUCCCAGCAGGACCUCACCACUACCACCAGCAGCACUAGGGGGACCCCGGGCCAAGCCACCCCAGAGCAGCAGAGCCUAGCAGUGCCUGAGGACAAGGAGGAAGAGCCAACCCCAGACCUAGGACCAGUCACAGAAGAUACAGAGGAGGAACCAGUCACGGGAGAGAUGGAAGAGGAGGCAGCUGCCCAAGACGAGAAGAUGGGCGACGGGAACGCAAAGGGGGCAUCCAAAAGAAGGUCUGGGAGGACAACACAGAGACGUUGAGAGAGGGAGAGAGUGGAAGAAAAAUAUGAUAUCCAGUACAAUCGCUACCCUAGGACAGGGUCGGUUAGUUUGGGACAAGGUCCCCCACCUCCUUUUCUGUAUAACUCAAUAGACCAAGAAAAGAACACCCUGGAAACGCAAAACCAGUGGUCCUCCAACCAAUAGUUCCUAGGUGUUUAGGUGUUGAUUUUUUUUUUAUAACACAACCACAAC